CGACCAAGGAGCUCGUCCUGCAGACCCAGCACCAGGGAAAUGAUCCAGAAACUGCUGCCUCAGCCCCCUGGCCAUCUGCCGAUACCACCACCCUGAGUCCCUAAUGGGCCUGACGGCAGGGUUUGGAGCCAGGGGAGGUGGGCUCAGGGCUAUAAAGUCAGCAGGGGCCCAGCGGCCCCCAGCCGGCUGGACCAGCUGCAUUUAGAGGCAGUCAGCAAACAGGUCAUCACCCAUCCACCAUGGCCCCGUGGAUGCGUCUUCUUGCCGUGUUGGCCCUGCUGGCCCUCUGGUGGCCUGACACUGCUCAGGCCUUUGUCAACCGCCAUCUCUGCGGCUCACACUUAGUGGAGGCGCUGUAUCGCGCGUGCGGGGAUGACGGCUUCUUCUAUAAACCCAAGGAGCGCCGGGAGCUGGAGGACCCUCAGGCAGUGGGGCAGGCAGAGCUGGACAUGGACCCCGAGGCAGGUGGAUUGCAGCCCUUGGCACUGGAGGUGGCACUGCAGAAGCGUGGCAUUGUGGACCAGUGCUGUAACGGCAUCUGCUCAUUAUACCAGCUGAAGAAUUACUGCAAUUAGUCGCCCACCUUGGGUCUGCCUGCCACUCUCCCCAG